CGGGCUAAUAACAGUAGAAAAGCAAAAAGAGGAAGAAACACCUGUUGCGGCUUGCAAUGAUACUACCACGUUUAAGAGCUCAUUAACAAAUGGAAAGGAUAAUUCACCUCUCGUGGUGUUCGCUCAUGGCGCUGGUGCUCCUUCCACAUCUGAAUGGAUGAUCAGAUGGAAAAAUAUGUUGUCCAAGGCAUUGAAUGCAAUUGAGGUGGUAACUUUUGACUACCCUUACAUCUCCAGUGGAAAAAGAAGGGCUCCUCCCAAGGCCGAAAAGUUGGUUGACUUUCAUCUUGAUGUUAUAAAAAAUGCAGUAGCUAAGUACCCUGACCACCCACUAAUCUUGGUUGGGAAGUCUAUGGGGUCAAGGGUCAGCUGCAUGGUAGCUGGCAAGGACAUUGGUGCUUCGGCUGUAGUAUGCUUGGGAUACCCUCUAAAGGGAAUAAACGGUUCUAUGAGAGAUGAGACACUGCUACAGCUUAGAGUUCCCGUGAUGUUUGUGCAGGGUAGCAAAGAUGGGCUUUGCCCGUUAGAUAAACUUGAAGCUGUGAGGGAAAAAAUGAGUUGUGCUAAUGAUAUACAUGUGAUUAAUGGGGGUGACCAUUCCUUCAAGGUUGCAAAGAAGCAUCUGCAAUUGACUGAGUCCACUCAAGAAGGAAUUGAAGAUAUGGCUGCUCAUGCUAUUGCUACCUUUGUUUCUAAUUUGAAAAAUAUGUGCAGUUGACUGUCAGUUUCUUGUGUAUAUUGAGAAAGAAACAUUCACGGUGUUUUGGUUUUGCUCCCUUUCUCUGGUAGAUCCUUUUUUUGUAUGCUCAGUUUGCCAGGAGAGCUUCUGGUUUUCCAGUGGUUGGAGAAUAUCUUGCAGAUGUUGCUACUUCAGGGAGCAUAAAUAUGAGUUCUUUUUAAAAUCUAAACUAAAUUGAUUGAACAUCUAUUUUAGAUCACAUAGCUUUAUUGUAACCACUUUAUUAUUGGUUUCUACUAACUUUUGAAUAUUGCUUGGUAUUUUUCAAA